AUGUUUCAUAAUCAUUUAGAAAAUGAACGAUUAACAUGUUCUCCAUGUUCACUUGAUAUUAAUUCAUCAAUAAUCUUUCUUGUUAAACAACAAUUAAUAAAUUGUAUAACAUUAAAACAAAAUCAUAUUUUAGCUGGUAAAUGUUUAUCAAAAUGUUCAUUAUUAUUAAUAAAUAAUAAUCAAGAAAAUCUUGAAGAUGAUCAAUAUGAACAAAUACCAUUAUGGAUUAUUGAUGAUUUAAUAAUGUUUUAUUUAAUUGAUAAAGAACAAUCUAUUGUUGAAUGUACACGUUAUACAUUAAAAACAAUUUUAAAUCAUUCAAUUGGACAAGAACUUUAUCAAAAAUAUAUUAAAAAUGAUUUAAUACAAAUUUAUUCGAAACCAAUUUUAUC